UUCUCUACUGUUUUUAGUCGUGCCCAGAGUUAAUUUUGGGGGUUUCAGUUCGUUUUUAAAAUUUAUUAAAGCAUUUUUUUCACAAGUAAAUCUGAUAAGUAUUGUGAUAAGACGUUAGUAUUGUAAAUGAUGUUUUCCAAGAGAUCCUUAGGGACGAUAUUUAACGUCAAAGCUGGAGCUACCUGUUAGCAAGCUAGCUGACAUUCAGCAAACACGAGAGGAUUUCUGUUACGUUUUCAGACUGCUUAGGAUUAAAGUGCACUUACAGUAAAGGUCUAUAAUGGGUCUGAACACGCGAAUUGAAUGUAUAUUUUUUAGUGAGUUUCAUCCCACACUGGGACCGAAAAUAACAUAUCAGGUCCCAGAAGAAUACAUUUCACGGGAGCUUUUCGACACUGUUCAGGUUUACAUCAUCACCAAGCCAGAGCUGCAAAACAAAUUAAUAACAGUCACUGCCAUGGGAAAGAAGCUAAUUGGAUGUCCAGUGUGUAUAGAACAUAAAAAGUACAGCCGAAAUGCCCUCCUAUUUAACCUUGGCCUUGUUUGUGAUGCCCAAACAAACACAUGUGCUCUUGAGCCAAUUGUCAAGAAACUGUCUGGUUACCUCACUACUUUAGAGCUGGAGAGUGGCUUCAUAUCCAAGGAUGAGAGCAAGCAGAAGCUUUUACCCAUUAUGUCAACGUUGCUAGAAGAGCUCAAUGCCACUGGAGCCUGCACCUUACCUAUAGAUGAAUCUAAUACCAUACACCUGAAGCUCAUCCAGCAGCGAAAGGACCCCCCAAUUGUCCAGGAGUAUGAUGUGCCAGUCUUCACCCAGUGCAAAGACUAUUUCAUAAAAUCUCAGUGGGAUCUCACAACUCAACAGAUCCUGCCUUACAUUGAUGGAUUUCGACACAUCCAAAAAAUUUCAGCAGAAGCAGACGUGGAGCUAAAUCUUGUUCGUAUUGCAGUGCAGAAUCUCUUGUAUUACGGUGUUGUGACUUUGGUCUCAAUAUUCCAGUACUCUAAUGUGUACUGCACCACCCCUAAAGUCCAGGGCCUAAUGGAUGACAAAUCCAUUCAGGAGGAAUGCCUCAGCUACGUCACUAAGCAGGGUCAGAAGCGGGCCAGUCUGAGAGAUGUGUUCCAGCUGUACUGUGGAUUGAGUCCUGGGACAACAGUCCGAGACCUUUGUUCUCGCUACUCACAGCAGCUUCAGAGGGUUGAUGAGAGGAGGUUGAUCCAGUUUGGGUUGAUAAAGUCUCUGAUCCGGCGGCUGCAGAAGUAUCCAGUUAAAGUGAUCCGAGAUGAAAGGAGCAGGGCACCUCGCCUGUACACCGGUUGCCAUAGUUAUGAUGAGAUCUGCUGCAAAACAGGAAUCAGCUACCAGGAGCUGGACGAGCGUUUGGAAAACGAUCCUAACAUUGUUGUGUGUUGGAAGUGAUUAAAUGAAGGGACAGUGAUUUGAACAGCAAUUGUAAGACUGGGUCAGUGUUCUGUGGUGCAGGCGACCACAUCUGACCAGAAAGAGACGGUGAUGUCACAGCCAAAGAUGCCUCUGCCUUUACCGAAGGAUUAUUAGGCUUGUCUUCAAUGUAGC